AAAGACUUUCAGUUGCGAGCGGACCUCUGCACGGAGUGGAACAAAAUUGAAAAACUGAAAAGAGUACAGUCCGCGGAAAACAUUCAAUUAAUAGAAAAUUCACAUACAUAUAUAUAUACAUAUCUCUAUGUAUAUAUAUAUACUUUUAUAAUCUAAUUUUCUCAUAUAUAUACAUAUAUAUAUAACCUAUAUAUAUUUUCGCCCAUGUAUUUGUGUACGCGAAUGAAAUAAGAUUUUUCAACUAAAAAUAGUGCCUUAAUUUAAAAUAAAAUACAAAAACGACAAAACGACGAUUUUUUGCUAACUUUGAAAUAUUAAAUCAAUAAUUCUUAUAAUAAUACUUAUAUAAAAUAAAUAAAUGUACACACGCACGCAUGUUUGAGUUAAGAGUUUGAAUUAUAAUAAAUCAUAAUUUAAUCAAUUCAAAUCGCAACGGCCAAUUUGCAUUGACUGUCAUACUGAAGGCAUUCGUAAGAUGACUUUCACGCGAAUAAAAACUCUAACAUUGCUCGUGUGUACGCUACUGGCACUGAGUUUUCCCGGAUAUGUGAAUUGCGCUAAUAAGAAAGGAUCACAGCCAGCGGCAGCUGCGGCGGCGGCGGCGGCGCCACCCCUCGAGCCCGAAGCCGUUAUUGAGGAGGUCAAUGCCAAGCAGUUGGAAAAGCUAUUGGCUGACAAGGAUUAUGUUGCCGUCUUCUGGUAUGCGCGUAGCUGUGUUACCUGUGAUAAGGUUUUAGCGGAGCUCGAAAAAAUCGACGAUGACACCGACUCGUUCGGUGUGGACUUUGUGAAAAUUAACGACAAACGACUAGCAAAACAAUAUGGCAUCAAAACCUUCCCAGCGCUCACCUACUUCAGAGAGAAGGAGCCCAUCAUCUACGAUGGCGACCUGAUGGAUGAGGAGGGCGUGCUCGAUUUUCUAACAUCACUCGAGGCCAUGGAUUUGCCCGAUCGCAUCGAGGAGGUCAAUGCCAAGAUAUUGCAAAAGAUUAUCGAGGAUACAGAUUUUGUUGCCGUUCUCUUCUGUCCCGAUCAUGAAACAUGCCCACCCCGGGUAAUGGAUAAACAGCAGUGCCGCAAGUGCGCCAAGGCCUUGCAAGAAUUGGAGAAUAUCGACGACGAGGCCGAUCAGCUGGGCAUCGGCUUUGUCAAGAUCCACGACGAGGCAUUGGCCGAUGAAUACAAUUUGGGCAAUCUGCCGGUAUUGGUCUACUAUCGCCAUCAGACACCAAUUAUUUAUGAAGGUGAACUGCAGCGCGAGGAGGACGUCUUGGAGUGGUUGGUGCAAAAUAAAUCGACCGGCGAUGAGGAUGAUGUGAUCGAGGAUGUUACAUCCAAGACCUUGUCGACGCUCAUUAGCAAUAUCGAUAAUUUGGUUGUACUAUUCUAUGAUCACGGCAAUGAUGAUUCGAUGACCGUAUUGGAAGAGCUAGAACAAAUCGACGAUGACUGCGACAAGCAUGGCAUACAAUUCGUGAAAAUCGAUGAUGCCAAGGCCGCAGCCGAUUACGGAAUCGAUUCGAUUCCGGCAAUUGUAUAUUUUGAAAAAGAAAUUCCAAACGUUUACGAUGGCGAUCUCAUGGAUGAGGAACAGAUACUUAAAUGGUUGUUGGGUCAGUUGGAACAUGAUGAGAUCGAGGAUGUCACCGAUGAAAUGCUCGAUACAAUGAUUAAGGAAGGACGCGUCAUUGCAGUGCUGUUCUACGACAACAACGACAAGAAAUCCCAAAAGGUGCUUGAAGAGCUCGAGAACAUUGACGAUGAAUGCGACGCGCUGGGCAUUACUUUCGUGAAAAUCGACAAUCCCGAGGAGGCCGUCGAAUAUGGCAUCAAUAAAGUUCCUAAACUGAUAUACUUUGAAAAAGGCAUUCCAACUAUAUACGAAGGCAAUCUGGAGGAUGAGGAGAAACUAUUAAAAUGGCUAGAAGAACAAACUAGUUCCGAUCAAAUCGAAGACAUUACCGAUGAAAUGUUGGAUUUGAUCAUUGAGAAAAUGCCACACGUAGCCGUGCUCUUCUAUGACAAAGAUCAAAAGAAAUCACAGAAAAUCCUGGCCGAAUUGGAAAACAUUGAUGAUGAAUGCGAUCAAAAUGAUAUCGCGUUCGUUAAAAUCGAUGACGACAAGGAGGCCAAGGAAUGGGGCAUCGAUGAGAUACCAUCGAUAGUGCUGUUUGAGCGCGGCAUUCCCCACAUCUAUGAGGGUGAUCUGAUGAAGGAGGAUGAAUUGCUUGGCUGGCUGGUGCAUCAGAAGCGUUAUUCUGAAAUUCCCGAGGUUACCGAUGAGAUGAAGGACAAACUGGUCGAGAACACCGAACAUCUGGCGGUCAUUUUCUACGAUAAGGAUGACAAACAGGAUAUGCGCAUUCUGAACGAAUUGGAGAACAUUGACGAUGAGCUCGAAAAGGAGGGCAUUGUCAUUGUGCGCAUCGAUAACGCCGCCGAGGCCAAGGAAUAUGGUCUCGAUCAUUUGCCAGCAUUGAUUUACUUUGAGAACAAGAUACCGGCUCUGUACGAAGGUGAUCUGAUGAACGAGGACGAGGUCCUCGAAUGGUUGUUGGUGCAGAAGAAAACAGCUACCAUCGAGGAGGUCACCGACGAGAUUCUUGUCAACUUGAUCAAUGAGCAUGAAUAUGUUGUCGUAUUCUUUACGGGUCCCUGCGAACCGGGCGAGACCUGCGAUCGCACACUGAACGCAUUGGAGAGCAUCGACGAUGAACUCGAUGAGGCUGGCAUCAUAUUUGUUACCACUGAGGAUACCGCCAUCGCUAAGAAAUAUAAUGUCAAAUCCUAUCCACGAUUGGUGUUCUUCAGAAAUCGUGAUCCAUUGCACUUCACUGGCGAUUUGGAUGACGAGGACGAGGUUCUGGCCUGGAUCACCGAUGAUGAAACCCUCGAAAUUCCCGGCAAAAUCGAGGAGGUCAAUGUAAAAAUGUUGGAUAAGAUAUUGGCUGAAAACGAUCAUGUCGUUGUGUUCUUCUACGCCGAGGGCGAUAAGAAGGCGCAAAAGAUCCUCAACGAACUGGAGAACAUCGAUGACGAAUGCGAGGAAAAAGACAUCGACUUUGUAAAGACAUCCGAUGACGAUAUUGAUAAGGAAUACGAUCUGCCCGGUUUGCCGGCGCUUGCAUUUUAUAGACAUAAGUUUAGAACAAUUUACACCGGUGAUCUGAUGAAGGAGGAGGAAAUUCUGGAAUGGGUUAUCGAUUUGCAUGAAUCGACUGCUGAUGUUAUCGAAUCGGUUGAUCGCAAAACGCUGCAAGUUUUGAUCAACGACGUUGAACAUCUAGCCGUUUUCUUCUACGAUGAUGAGUGUGAGACGUGCCCUGGCAUUUUGGAAGAAUUGGAGAAUAUUGAUGACGAUACCGAUAAGCAUGGCAUUCAGUUUGUCAAAUCGAAUGACGUGAAGCUAGCCCAUGAAAUUGGCAUUUUCGCAUUCCCAGCCCUAGUCUACUACGAGACGGGCGUUCCGAUCAUGUAUGAUGGUAAUUUGGAGAGUAACGAAGAGGUAUUCAAUUGGAUAUUGGAACAGAAGGCCGAUCAAAGCAUUGAGCUUAUAAACCGCGAUCAACUAAUUGAAUAUAUAGCCACCAAAGACUUUUUAGCGGUUGUCUUCUAUAAAGAGGAUGAUCCGGACUCGCCGCGCGUGCUGCGCCACAUUGAACUGAUCGACGAUGAGGCUGCCGAAUAUGGCAUUUAUAUAGUCAAAAUGCACGACAAGCUGAUGGCCAAGAAAUAUGGCUAUAGAAAUCCGCCCGGUUUGACCUAUUUCCGCAAGGGCAAAUAUAUCAACUACGAUGGCGACAUCGAUGACGAAGAGGAGAUCCUCGACUGGCUGACAAGUCCUGCGAACAUGGAAAUGACCGAUCACAUCGAGCAGGUCAAUCGGAAAAUGUUUGAGAAAAUACGCAAAAAUUCCGAUUAUGUUGCCGUCAUAUUCUACAGCGACGAGUGCAAGCAGUGUCCACGCGUCCUGGCCGAGGUGGAGCACAUCGAUGAUGAUGCCGACAAGGCUGGCAUUGACUUUGUCAAAAUCGACGACAAGCAAAUGGCCAAGGAAUAUGGAGUCUUCGCACUGCCCGCGAUUGUGUUCUUUAAGCCCACCUCCAAGGAGCCAGUUAUAUACGCCGGUGAUCUUUAUGAAGAAGAACAGAUCCUAUCUUGGUUACUUACGCAAAAGGAUCCAAGUGGAGAUGUUAUUGAAGAUCUCGAAGGCGAAAGACUUGUUCAAUUAAUCGAAGAGUCUGGCUCCAUUGCCGUCUAUUUCUGGAAUAAGACCAAAUGCGAUAUUUGCAAUUCGAAAGCAGCGCGCAAGGCGCGUCUGAAAAAGGAGCGCGAACAGCAUCAACAGGAUGGCGGGUCAGCUAGUGCGGCCGCCGCCUUUGGCAGCGAUCCAGAGGCAACUGCUGCGGCUGCCGAGGCAGGUGCUGCUGCUGCUGGUGGUGCUGGUGGUGAGGGUGGAGCAACGGAUGCUGCCGCUGCAGCGGGCAAACAUGAAGAUGAUGCCGAUGGCUGUGAGCAGUGCACCAAAGUCUUGGAGGAGCUGGAGAAUAUAGACGAUGAUUGCGAUAAGCAUGGCAUCACAUUUGUGAAAACUCGCGAUUUCUCUGUGGCGGACGGCUAUGGAGUGCACGAGUAUCCGGCGCUAGUUUACUUCGAAGGCGGCAUACCCAAUGUAUUUGAAGGUGAGCUCAGCGAGGAGGAGGAAGUUCUACAGUGGCUUAUAACACAGAAAACUGAGGAUCGCAUUGAGCUGAUAACACGUCAAAUGCUCGAGACUAUGGUCGAAGAGACGCAAUAUUUAGCUGUUUAUUUCUUGCCGGCUGAGCGCAAGGGCAAGCCUCCCGCUUACUGUCGAAGUUUCUGCUCACCCUCUAGUCUUAAAGAAAGCAACCUGACCACAACCAAAUACUCAUCCAGCCAAUUCGUACAAAGCUACAUUUCGCGCAAAAGAAAACGUAUCCAAAAGCAAGACAAAAUCAAUUGUAAUAUCUGUGAUCAGAUAUUAGAGGGUCUCGAGCUGAUUGAUGAUGAAUGCGAUGUUUUUGGCAUACACAUGGUUAAAAUACAGGAUCCACAGUUGGCCAAGAGAUAUUCCAUUAAGACGUUCCCCGCUUUAGUUUACUUCCGCAAUGGCAAUCCUUUGCUGUUUGAGGGCGAUCUGCAGAAUGAACAAUCUGUCCUAGAGUGGCUGAUAGACGAUGAUAAUCGCGAAUUGGCCGAUGAAAUUGAGGAGGUUAAUGAACGCAUGUUGGAUCGUCUGAUGGCUGAAUCCACUUUACUAGUUGUGUUCUUUUAUGAUGAUGAUUGUGCUGAGUGUGAGGAAAUUCUGGAGGAACUGGAAGAAAUUGAUGGCGAGGCAGAUAUGUUUGGCAUUGACUUUGUUAAGAUUGCAAGCGUUGAGGCGGCCAAGAAAUACGAAAUUGUCAAUAUACCCUCGUUGGUAUAUUUCCGCAAACAAGUGCCCGUUCUCUAUGAUGGUGAUUUGCAUCAGCAUGAUAAGGUUAUAACUUGGCUAACAUCUCAGGAUGUAUUCGAAAUUAAAAACGAAAUUGAAGAGGUUAAUCGCAAAAUGCUUGAUAAGCUGCUUGAGGAAAACGAAUUUCUAUCCGUGUUCUUUUAUGAGCACAAUCAGCCGGAUAGCGUGGCCGCGUUGGAGAAACUGGAGAAUAUUGACAGCGAAACGGAUAAUCUGGAUAUAACUUUUGUCAAAAUGGCCGAUUCGCGCUAUGCCAAAAAAUGGGGCGUUACCAAACUGCCAGCCAUGGUCUAUUUCCGGCGUCGUUUUCCCAGCAUAUAUAGAGGCGAUUUGCUCUCGGAGGAUGAGGUGCUCGAAUGGCUGCGCAAGAAUCGCUUCCGUCAGCCAGAGCUGAACAUAUUCAUGUACGCUCUGAUAGCCCUGGCGCUGGCAUUCGUUGUCUAUACCGCGUUUCUGCUGCAGUGCUUCAAGCCGGCACCGCCUCCGCCCGUGCAGCAUCCGAAGCAGUCGUGAUGAGAUUUUACUUAGUGAAAUUCAACUGUAGCUCAACUGCAACUAGAGAAUUGUUGAAGGGAUUGGCAGCUACGAGAAGGGCGUGCCAGAGAUGCGUAGAGGAGCGAGAGUACGAGAGCAAAUGAAAAAACCUAAAUAAACGAUACGAACACACACGAACAUACACACACACACACUCACACACACGCAGACAAC